UCCAAUCCAAUCCAUAACAAAAACACGGUGGGAGCGUGUGCGAGAGGUAUUAAGGUAUUAAGGAUGCAUUUUUACGUGUUCGUGCUAGUAUUUUUCAUUGUGGCGACAGUUACGUCUGUCCUUCACGUCAUCGUGAACAAAGUGCAGGAGACAGCUUACAUGGACGAAGAGUUUCACAUUCCACAAGCGCAAGCUUACUGCGAGCACAACUUCACUCAUUGGGACUCCAAGAUAACAACGCCACCGGGACUCUACCUCACAUCUCUCGCAUUGAAUGGUGUGAGAAACAUCUUCACAUCAAGCAAUUUAUGCACAGCAGAGGGUUUGCGUUUUACAAAUGUCUUCCUUACCGUCUUGAACCUGUGGCUUUCUAGUCUUAUCUCCAUCAAGCUUGCGUACGUGUACGCGACGGUGAAAGUGCGAGUGAAGCUGAUUUGCUCAAGUGCAGUGUUGACGACAUUGCCGGUGCUUUAUUUCUUCGCGUUCUUGUACUACACAGACCCAGGAACCGUAUUCUUCCUUCAGCUCAUGUACCUUUAUCAUCUCUACGAGUGGUACUGGCUGGCAUCUGCGUUCGGAGCGGCGAGUGUCAUGUUUCGGCAAACGUCCAUCGUGUGGGUUGCGAUGCUUGCAGGUUGCAGACUGCUCGAAAUAGUGGAGAAAGAGUGUUUCCAAGACGUCAAACCGUGCGAAGUCAUCAAGGCAGUGGUUACCAAGUGGAUUGUCACGAUUAAGAAAAUAUUUCGGGACUGUUUCGGGUACAUGGUAGUGGGGGUACUCUUUCUGUCGUUCAUUUUCUACAACGGUAGUAUCGUACUCGGUGAUAAAAGUGCACACCAAGCUUGCUUUCACUUGGCGCAGUUGGGUUACUUUUUGCUGUUCACACUCGUGCACGCUUCGCCAUACCUACUUCAUCCCAGUGCCGUGAAGGAUUUCUGCAAAAGUGUGGUGCAACACAUCUGGUUUUACGUUUUGCUGGCUGCGCUCUCGAUAGCAGGGGUCCAAAAACUAAGCUACGUCCACCCGUACCUGCUCGCGGAUAACCGUCAUUUCACGUUUUACCUGUGGAGGCGAUUCCUCGGCAGAGGAACAGCACUGCGAUGUUCCCUCGUUCCGUUCUAUAUAUACGCUGGGUACGCGAUUUUGUGGCAGCUUCGACAUAAGAGCACCUCGUGGCGCGUUCUUUACUGCUUUGCCGUGCUUGCGUCGACCGUGCCGCAGAAGCUGCUGGAGUUUCGCUACUUCAUAGUCCCUUACCUCUUCUUCAGGCUCAACAUAAGGUGUCCAAGCUACAAGCAGCUCCUCUUGGAAUUGGGGAUCUACACCGUGAUCAAUGUAGCUGCUUUUUACUUGUUCCUAGGCAGGACGUUUUACUGGGAGGAUGUUUCGAGUCCGCAGAGGUUCAUGUGGUGAACGCUUGAGAAGUGUGUUACAGUGUGAAUGUCAUGAAGUGUUGGUGAAAGGUUUACGUGUACGUGCUUGCAGCUUUCUGCAGAAGGUGCUUUACAUGUCCGGCUCCUAUGAAGCCUCAUGAAGUUCCACUAGAAACUUGGGCUUUCACGAACAUCUAGAGAAAUCUCGAGUCGUAUCAUAAAUUUUGUAUUCCACUCUUACAUGAAAAUGUUACAAUUGGAAUUUGUCUGUGAUAUUACGUGUGUCACUUGCACAUUGUUGCCAGGAAGAGGCUGAUUUGAUGUGGUUUCUCUCAAUAAUAGUUAGACUGAACCACAACCUUUGUUGCCAAAGAAAAAUGCACUCAACUGCCAAGUUUCACUGAUAUCCAAUCCUCUGUGUGAAUUCUCCUUCUUGAAUUCUUGCUUACGACUAGUGUAAAAGCAUCAGAGUGAAGACACACAGAAGACACUCCCUCUCUUUUUGCUUGACAAACCAGUUUACCAGCACCUUGUGCACCCCCGUCCCUAUCAUGUCAUCAUACAAAACAUGUCUCGCCCCUGCCAUGCAACAUGCUGACUCGAUCGUAGAAACACUUCCCUGUCUGCCUCACUUAACCUGUGGAUCUACCACCUAUAUUUCCUUCCACAUAAAACCAAGGUGUGCAAAUGUGGUUCAUUUCCAUUGCUUGUCUCAAGAACUGUGUGGUUUCAGUGAGUAAAAUUUACAAAUGUUGUCUAUAUUUAACUGGA